AGCUGAGAAAAGUCAUUCGGUGUACAUUAACUUGACAGUGAAACAUUGUUUAGUGAAUUUAUUGAGUGUCAAAUAACCUUGAGAAUCAUCGUGAGAACUUAUAGAACUUUGGUUUUUGGAGGGGUUUGCAAAUAGUGUGUUCACAUAUCAGUGUCGUUUUUAACGCAUCACCUCAUUAUCAUUCUUCAAAGUAUUUUCAAAACAUACAUUAAUAAUGCAUCUUAAAAAUGGUGAUCCAGAACCGUUUGUUGAUCCAACUAGAUAUACGUUAUUUGCCUUUCGUUUUUGUCCAUUCUGUGUACGUGUUAAAUUGACCUUAAGUUUCCAUAAAAUUGACUAUGAUUUAAUUCAAGUCUCACUUAAUGAUAAACCAGAUUGGUUAGUGAAAUAUUCGCCUUUGGGUAAAGUUCCACUACUUAUAAAUCAAGGUGAUAAACUUCUUGAGUCUGAUUUAAUUAUGCGAUUUGUGGAUGAAUUACAUGGAGAAAAAUCUUCAUUGAUGAGUAUAUGUGGUGUAGAGAAAUUUCAAAAUGCGGCUGAAUUAGCUAAAAAGUUUUUCAGUCCUGGAUAUUCUAUAUUAUAUGGAGUGACUGUUAGUGAAUUGGAUGUAGUGAAAUUCCGUGAAGCUUGUUCUGAAUUGAAUAAUUCAAUCAAUAGUAAAUAUUUUGCCGGAGAUCAAUUGAGUUUGGCUGAUUUGAUCCUCUUCCCUAUGAUUGAUUACUUUGAAAUCAUUUUGGGCAUUAUUCAUCAUAUAAAUUAUGAUCAAAUUUAUGAAAUGAAAAUAGAUGAUAAAUUAUAUAAUGAAGCUAAAACAUGGUCAAAUCUACUCAAUUAUUUAAUUACAAUGAGACAAGAAUCUUUUGUAUCUGAUAUACGAAUAUCGACUAAUAUUACAGCAAAAUUUAUUGCUUCUAAACGAUCUGGUUUUUCAAAUCCUGACAUUCAGUAGGUAUAGAGAUGGAUAAUAUAAGUGUUCCUGUUCAAAUAGUUUUUUUUUUUCUUCUGUUGUUCUGAAGUUUUAUUUUGUUUUUGCAAAAACCAAAAUUGUUUCUUGUUUGUUUUAACUUUUGUCUAUUUGUUUUAAUUUAUUCUAUAUGAUGAAUGUGAAUUUGAAUUAAAUUUAAAUUGUUACUUA